GGGCCAGCCCGGGGGUGGAGGCCGGGGCUCCGCGCUCGCUCCCGGCACAAGGAGCGGGUGCCCCGCAUGGAGCAGGUGCCGGUGCCCGACGCCGACGCCUUCCGCGCCUUCCGGCAGCGCUGCCAGGACGGCGGCUGGCAACGGGACUGCGGCGGCCUCGCCGUCUGCCUGGAGCCACCGCCGCCGGGCUGCGCCGUGCACCAGCUGAAGUGCCGCAUCGACAUCCCGGACGUGCCGGCGGGCACGGUGUACGACGUGCUGCACGACAGCGAGUAUCGCCGCGAGUGGGACACCAAUGUCAUCGACAGCCACGACAUCGCCCGGGUGGCUGCCAACGCCAACGUGGGCUACUACGCCUGGCGAUGUCCAAAGCCCUUAAAGAACAGGGACGUGGUGACACUGCGAGCCUGGCAGGUGGAGGACGGGUAUCACACCAUUAUCAACUUCUCGGUCAAGCACCCGAAAUACCCCCCGCGCAAGGACCUGGUCAGGGCAGUCGCGCUCCUCAUGGGGUACCUGGUGCGCUCAACCGGGCCCAGCAGCUGCAGUCUCACCUACCUGGCUCAGGUGGAUCCGAAAGGGUCGUUGCCAAAGUGGGUUGUGAAUAAAGUCUCGCAGUACCUGGUGCCACAGGUGUUAAAGAGACUGCACAAGGCCUGCGUGCAGUACCCGGCCUGGAAGCAGCAGCACGGCGUGCACGUGAAGCCCUGGCUGUACCCCGAGCAGAGCAAGCUUCCCGUGCUGGCACUGGCGGAGCUGGCGCUGCAGCACGCUGCCUCGCUGGAGAACAUCGACGAGAGCGGCCUGGCCGAAGCCAGGGACGAGAGCGGCGACCACGGCGGCGCAGAGAACUGACGGUGCUCCUGGUGCUGCUCGUCUAGUGGGUUACAGUAAGGGGGGGGGGGGGGGGAACAGGGAGCUUUU